GCGGUGGUUGGUUGGUUGUUUGAGAGCUGCCGAGCGAGGAGGACGCAUAAAAGUGAAAGGUAAAAAGUGUCGAUGUAAACAAGUUUGUGUCGGCAGAGAUCGUUGGAGUGCCGGUAGUCAAAAAUGUUUUGGCACCUUUUUCUGUUAGCUUCGGCUAUUAAAAUGAUGUUCAUUCCAGCAUACCGCUCGACAGAUUUCGAAGUGCAUCGAAAUUGGUUGGCUAUUACGCAUAGCAGACCGCUAGGAAAAUGGUACCACGAGGCAACGAGCGAGUGGACGCUGGACUAUCCGCCGUUUUUCGCCUACUUUGAGUGGGCCCUUUCUCAGGUAGCAAAGUACUUCGAUCCGGCCAUGCUGAGAGUUUCAAACCUGAACUACUCUUCCAUGAGUACGGUAAUGUUUCAACGAUUUUCGGUAAUUGUAGCAGACAUCGUGUUCGCAGUGGGUGUGAAGCGGUGUAUGAAUGCUUUGGCGAAAACUAAAGCCCAGCACAUCAUCGGAUCGGCGCUUCUACUGACCAACAUAGGACUGCUAAUGGUAGACCACAUUCAUUUUCAAUAUAAUGGAUUUCUUUUCGGGUUCUUGCUUUUGAGUAUUAGCUGCGUGUUGACAGAGUCUUACCUGGCGUCUGCACUGUUUUUUGCCAUCCUGUUGAAUCUGAAGCAUAUUUUCAUCUACGUGGCUCCAGUCUAUGUUGUAUUUUUGUUGCGAUUUUAUUGCUUCCGCAAUGGUGGAGCAGUAUUGAAAUUAAUUAAGCUCGGUGCGGUUGUCGCGGGGAUCUGUUUGCUCUCAUUCGGACCAUUCUAUGAUCACAUUCCACAGGUACUUUCAAGGUUAUUUCCGUUUAAACGGGGACUCACCCAUGCUUACUGGGCACCCAAUUUCUGGGCAUUGUAUAAUUUCGCCGAUAAGGCUCUAUCAAUCAGCUUGGGGAUAAAAUCAACAACCGCGUCUAACACUGGAGGACUUGUACAGACAUUUACCCACAAUGUGCUGCCAUCAGUUUCGCCAUUGGUAACAUUGGCCCUGUCAGCUGCAGCGAUGAUUCCAACCCUAUAUAAGCUGUGGACGCUGAAACACUCUCCCAAUCUUGGGUUGAAUUUUAUUCGGGCCGUCACAAUAUGCGCGUGUUCGUCAUUCAUUUUCGGUUGGCAUGUGCACGAAAAAGCUAUCCUAAUGAUUCUCAUACCCCUCACAGUUCUAUCCAUCACAAAUCGCAACGACGCCCGCUUGACGUUAUUUCUGGGCAUUGUAGGACACUAUUCUCUGUUCCCCUUGCUUUUCAAGCCAGAAUUAAUCUUAAUUAAAUACACAAUGCACGUGGUUUACACUGGAAUCAGUGUACUUCUUUACCGCAAUAUCCACGGUGGACAGUUCCUGACGAUACCGGAGAGACUCUAUUUGUACGGUUUUGUAUUUAUCUCUCUCUUUGAAAACAUAAUCCACCCUUGGCUAAACCUAGAUCGAACGCUUCCUUUCAUCCCCCUCAUGGCAACUAGCGUUUACUGCGCCCUUGGCGUCCAUUACUUCUGGUUAGUGUACCAGAAGCACUUCUUCGCUCAAACCCCAUUCCUAGUGUCUAAGGUAGGACAUUCGAAAAAGAAAUAACUCAUCAACAACACCAAAUAGCCAGUUUGCAUCAAUCCCAAAAUAUAUUUUAAGUACACGCCAUCAACACCAACAGUUCUUCGCAACA